UGCAAUUUAAUGUAGAGAAAAAGUUUAAGGUUUUGGAAAACCAAAAUUCCCAAUUCGUUUUUCUUAAAAAUUUAAUUUUUUAAAAAGUUAUUGAGAAGAACAUAUCCUGCUGCUACUUCACAUUUCAUUUUCUCAAACUCAUUUGUGUGUAGACACGUUUGUUUUUAUAGAAAUACAGAGGUUAUCCGAGGAAAAACACAACCAAUUCUACAAUUGAGUAAUGUCUUCCACGUGGACAAGUUUUCCUGCAAUAUUUAUCCAUUGUAGUAGCUCUUCCGGUAAAAGCAGUAUUAAUGUUGCAUGUGAGAAGCGAUUAACUCUACCACAACCCACACUUACGAAUGUUAUUACGAUGCCAACCACUAUCAGAAGAUCAGCAAAUUAUCAACCUUCAUCAUGGUCCUAUGAGUAUGUUCAAUCGCUCGAUAGCAAAUACACAGGAGAGAAGUAUAUGGAAAAAUUUCAAUCAUUAAAAGAAGCAGUAAGGACAAUGAUACGAAACGAGUAUGAAAAAGAGGAGAAUACAUCUAGUGCACUCAGUUUGGUUGAUGAUUUGCAGAGACUUGGCAUAUCAUAUCAUUUUGUGAAUGAAAUAAGAGAUGUCUUGGAGAAGAUUUACUCAAAUUACUUCAAAAGUCAUGACAAAUGGUCGAAAAUGGAUUUAAAUCUGACAUCCCUUGGUUUUAGACUCUUACGACAACAUGGAUAUCAUAUCCCUCAAGAAAUAUUUGAGGAUCUUAAGGAUGAGACUGGAAAUUUUAAGGGGCAUUUAUAUGAAGAUAUCGAUGGUAUGCUAAACUUAUAUGAGGCUUCCUAUCACUCAGUAGAGGAUGAAAGUAUACUGGAUGAAGCUAGAGAUUUCACAAGAACACAUCUGAAUGAAAUUUUGGAAUACAAUAAUAUAUGUGAUGAUCAAAAUAUGUUGUCGAUAAUAAGUCAUGCAUUGGCUUUUCCACUUCAUUGGAGAGUCCCACGGGUGGAGGCUAAGUGGUUUAUUCAAACUUACGAGAGAAGAAGUGUUAUGAAUUCCACGUUGCUUGAGCUUGCCAAUUUGGACUUCAACAUGGUACAAGCAAUACACCAACAAGAUUUGAAAAAAGCAUCAAGGUGGUGGAAAGACACAUGCUGGGAGAAGUUAGGCUUUGCUCGUGAUCAUUUGGUGGAGAGCUUUAUGUGGAGUAUUGGUCAAAAUUUCAUGCCUCACUUUCAAGGAAGGGGAACUCUCACAAAAGUUUUUGCCAUGAUAACUACAAUUGAUGAUGUCUAUGAUGUGUAUGGUACUUUAGCUGAACUUGAACAAUUCACGGACAUUGUGAAUAGGUGGGAUGUUAACGUGAUCGAGGAACUUCCUGAUUAUAUGAGAAUAUGCUUCCUCGCAUUGUACAACUCGAUCAAUGAGAUAUCAUAUAACACACUGACAAAUCAUGGGUUCUUUGUACUUCCCUACCUUAAAAAGACGUGGCAGGAUUUAUGCAACUCUUACCUAGUAGAAGCAAAAUGGUACAAUAAUGGAUAUAUACCAACCUUGAAUGAGUUCCUUAACAAUGCAUAUGUAUCAAUUGGAGUGGGUGUAGUCGCCAUGCAUGCCUAUCUGUUAACAUUAACUAGUGUUUCCCAUGAGGAAUUGCAAGAAAUAGGAAGAGCUGAAAAUAUUAUUCGCCAUGCAUCAGUUAUCGUGCGUCUCACUAAUGACUUGGCCACAUCAUCGGAAGAGCUGGAAACAGGCGAUGUUCCAAAAUCUAUCCAGUGCUAUAUGCAGGAGAGUGGUGCCACAGAAGUGGAAGCAAGAGAACAUAUACGACUAUUAAUCUUAGAGACAUGGAAGAAGUUGAAUAAAGAACGCCAAACAAUUGGUUCUUCAUUUCCACAAGAGUUCAUUGAAUGUGUAACAAACCUUGCUAGAAUGGGCCACUUUGCGUAUGAUGUAAACAAACAUACUUACCCGGACAUGAUGAGAACCCAUGUAUUAUCAUUAUUUGUCAAUCCAAUCAACGGGUUGCCAUAUGCAUAAAAUGUCUUGCAUGUGCCGUAACUUGAUAAAUGUUAGGAUGUUAGGUCUCUUUCUUCUUGUUCUUCUUAUUUGUUAAGUGCUUAAUGGGUAAUUAAUGCUUAUGUGAGUACGCUAUAUUAAUAAAUUUCAUUUAAUGUA